AUGCACAAUGCAGGCUACGAAGCGGGGUACAAUGGGGCUGUGCUGAUCUACGCCAUCACUGGCGACCCUGGCUGCCUGCGCAGGACUCCAUCUUGGCGAUGUGAAGAAAAAGCUCUGCGGCAGGAUGAAGAUAAUGUGAUCAUCAACAUGACGGACCAAGCACCAACACCAGCGCCAGCAACGUCGCCUGACCCUGCACCUUCUGACCCUGUCGGCACAGGCAUAGGCAACGCCUCAUCAAUUUUUGACUUGGUUAGCAAAGUGAUUGACAAAGCCACUGGAGCCUGGGAGCAAGGCUCGGCAAGCCGCGAGACACGACGAGUGGCCGACAGUGUGCUGCAAGAGCUCAAAGAUGGCCUCGGUGAGUGGGAGGCUGAGGCCAAAGCCGAAAAGCAUCGCUGGCGACAGCCUUUCUUGGGAAAGGACGCAUACGAAAAGCAUUUUGUGAAGAACGAUGGCGUCUUGGAGCCUUCCGGGAAGACCACGGCAUCAUUUGGCUGGGCACAACUGCUGUUCGCUCUCAACAUUCGGCCAAAGGCAGGUAUCAUCUCGUGGAGAACCUUGCCUCGAGAAGUUAGACCCGAAAAGACGGGAACGGUGUCUCUGGGUGUAGACGGUGCGAUCCUGUGCCAUAUCAUCAACUUUUAUCAGCUGUACAGGUCAGGAUCGCGGAAUUCAGAUACCUUUCGGUUUCCUUUCGGUGAUCUGACCGUGGAGAACGAUGCGAAGCACAUCUACGCGUUCACCGAUCGAAGUGACACAGACUUCUCUUCCAAAAAGCUGCCUUUCCAAUACAGCAUGCAGGAUCUUGGGGGGCUACGAGAGGAUCAUGUCCGGGUUGAUACAGGGUUUCUCGACGUUCAAUAUCAGUACGCGAUCAACAUCGGGAUAUCAGAACUCAAGGCUGAAUUGGUCAAAUCGAAGCCAGGGGAGAAGCCGAAGCCCCUCCAGGAGCGAGGAGACUCACUUGUCCAGGCUAUGCGAUUCAUUGCCAAAUUUGACUGGAAGAAGCCCUAUAUCAUGUCGCCAGAGUGGGCUGAAGACGCAAGUCGAAUCAAACGGCGGAUGACAAGCGGAAAGGAAGAGGUUCUCAUCCGUCAUGUGGCUGACUGCCUGUCCAAGAAACCCGACCUUGUGGAGAAACUGAAGGCUCCCCUGGGAAAGCCGGAACUAUGGCAAGAGGAGGUAAAGUCGAGCGUCAGGGCACUCUGUAUGUCUCAGAGCGAGUCAUUUAAAUUUGUGUGGAAAGAUCCCAGAACAUUUGCAUCAGCAAAUAAUCCCGCUUUUGACCUCACUCUGAAGGAGCAAUUACCAUGGAUCCUCCAGGACUUGGGAAUUUGGACGACUCCUUCUUUAGACCAAGUCUCACCAGAAACUCUCCUGGCAGUUUUGGAGAUGCCACAUGAAAUUAUUAAUGCACCUGUGAUUGUUCUUCGCGGGAUCCCAAAGGACUGGGAUUUUGUAGCAGAGAUAAGUGGCUAG